UCUGUCAACAGUCUCAAAACUAAUCCAUGUGCUUUACCAAAUAUCCCAUAUUCCAUUUUUUUAUUUUAUUAAACUGUUCUUCAUCCAGUUAAAUAUCUAAUCAUUCAUUCUUACAGAAUUUCGACUCAAAUUUUCUCUAAUGGCAGACCACCCAGCUGCUGCAUCAAACACAGAAGAUACUCACCCAAAGAAGGAGGUGAAAAGUCUUGAUUUUUUUGAAAAAACUAAGGAAGAGAUUGAAGCACUCUUUCAUCAUAAGUCACCAGCCUCACCACGUCACCGCAAGGAAACUCAUGGGACAAGUGGUGAUAUAGAUGAAAGUACACCAGUCGAUGAAAUCAAAGCUCCAAAUGUAUUCGAACGGGUGAAGGAAGAAGUUGAGGCCAUUGUUGGAGCAAUCCUUCCAAAAAAGGAUUCUAAAGAUGACAAAUAAGAGAAUGAUCUCUUACAGACAUUGUUGAAUACGUGUGAAGGAAUUCAAUAUACAAAGUACGGAGUACAAGAAAUCAAAUUUUUGCUUCAUAUUGGUGUCUGAACCUGAAGCCUGAAGGUAGUUUCAAGAAUCGAUUCUGGUGUUGACAAUGUAAUUUGCACUAGCAACGUGACUGCAUAUUCCCGAUAAAAUAGUUUCAUUUUUCAUUUUACUUGGUACAUAGAAGCGGGCAGAGUCCGAGUAUGCAUACCGAAUUACCGAAUUAGCAGCUCCACAGUUCCAGCUUCCAAUACUGGAUUAGUACUUUCAUGUCCUAAUUUGAGGAAUUUCAGACAAUUAUUAGUACUACUGUUGGAAGUGUUGGAUUCUCCAUUUGUACCACUUCCAACAGUUUAUAUAUAGAAUAUAUACUUUGAUCCCACAAAUGUUUUGUCCUACAUGUAAUUUAAACAGUUUCACUCCACACAAGAAUACAACAUACUCAUGCAAAGUCAAACUGGA